CUGGAGCGCGCGGGCGAGGCGGGCGAAGCGCACCGGAGCUCACGGGGGCCCACAGGGGCGCGCUCGCACCGCCUGGCUCGGAGCGGCUCCCAGCGGCUCUCAGCGGCUGCGGCAGCGGCCGGGGCGCAGGGCCGAGCGAGCGUCGGGUUCCGGGGCUCUCCGAAAGGCGGCCCCGCUCCCGGCCCGGUCCGGCCACUUCUUUGCCAUGGCUCUGGCGGACAGCACACGUGGAUUACCCAACGGGGGCGGUGGAGGCGGGGGCGGCAGCGGCUCCUCGUCGUCCUCCGCUGAGCCGCCGCUCUUCCCCGACAUCGUGGAGCUGAACGUGGGGGGCCAGGUGUACGUGACCCGGCGCUGCACUGUGGUGUCGGUGCCCGACUCCCUGCUCUGGCGCAUGUUCACGCAGCAGCAGCCGCAGGAGCUGGCCCGGGACAGCAAAGGCCGCUUCUUUUUGGACCGGGACGGCUUCCUCUUCCGCUACAUCCUGGAUUACCUGCGGGACCUGCAGCUCGUGCUGCCUGACUACUUCCCCGAGCGCAGCCGGCUGCAGCGCGAGGCCGAAUACUUCGAGCUGCCGGAGCUGGUGCGUCGCCUUGGGGCCCCCCAGCAGCCCGGCCCCGGGCCGCCGCCACCGCACACGCGACGCGGUGUGCACAAGGAGGGCUCGCUGGGCGACGAGCUGCUGCCGCUUGGCUACCCGGAGCCGGAGCAGCAAGAGGGAGCCUCCGCCGGGGCGCCGUCGCCCACGCUGGAGCUGGCUAGCCGCAGUCCGUCCGGGGGCGCGGCGGGCCCGCUGCUCACGCCGUCCCAGUCGCUGGACGGCAGCCGGCGCUCCGGCUACAUCACCAUCGGCUACCGCGGCUCCUACACCAUAGGGCGGGACGCGCAGGCGGACGCCAAGUUCCGGCGGGUGGCGCGCAUCACCGUGUGCGGCAAGACGUCGCUGGCCAAGGAGGUGUUUGGGGACACCCUGAAUGAGAGCCGGGACCCCGACCGGCCCCCGGAGCGCUACACGUCGCGCUAUUACCUCAAGUUCAACUUCCUGGAGCAGGCCUUCGACAAGCUGUCCGACUCGGGCUUCCACAUGGUGGCCUGCAGCUCCACGGGCACCUGCGCCUUUGCCAGCAGCACCGACCAGAGCGAGGACAAGAUCUGGACCAGCUACACCGAGUAUGUCUUCUGCAGGGAGUGAGCGCCCCAGACCCCCUUGCGACUCCAGCGCCCGUGCCUCCUCCUUCCUGCCCGAGAGAUGAUUACCGAUCCUCCCGCUCCUCCUCUGUCCCCUAGCUCCACUUCCCCUCGUCUCCCUCUCCCGUAGUAGCUGGGCCAGACCCAUCCCAUUUGCCCCCAGAACUUGCUGCAGCCACAAAUCCUCUGGGCUUCUUCGUCUUCUUUGGACCCCAGUAUUGGAGAGAACCCAGAUGUACCCCCCCACCUCACGCUUCCUCUACUCUCUGCCUCACACCGCCCCUCCCCCAGGUGGUACUUUAGUCUGGAUCUGGUGGGACAGUGGCCACAAAGUCACCAAGUACCUAGCAAUGAUUGCAUUGUUCACAGCCUGACGGGACCGUGUCCAGUGUGUGGAAGAUACCUGGUAAUCCUCUCGAGCCCUUUUGACUCGUUGGUGGUUUAAGAGAUCAGAAUUGGUAACACUGGGGCUAGGGUAUUAAAGGGCCGUUAUGCAGUCUUUUUGACUCUUUGAAGGUUAAGUUUUAGAAGGCUGAAUGGAAGACUGAUCCUGGAAUUAGGACCGCAAGGAGGCAGUUCAGUGACUGUAAAUGAAUAAAAUUUUGAAAAGUUACAGGUAAAAUCAGAACAAUCUAGUGCUGCUAGAUUGAAGGAACAAUGAAGUGAAGGAUCCUACCUUUCCCAUACAGAAUAAGAAAGUCUUUGCCUGCAGCUUAAACUUGUAAAAAGUGAUCCUCCUUACUGCGGAGGUGUCCUUUGUCAUCUGCUUGUCGCCAGAGCCCUUAGUUCAACUGGUUGACAUAGUAGCCCUUGACAGGCUAAAGGGACAAAAAGGGCGCUGCCCCCUACGAGGGCAGAACUGCCCAGGACUCUGAAGACCGCUGCUGGAAGGCACCUGCAGUCGCCCUAAAGGGAGCCGGGCAGUAAUGCAGGUCCUGGGUGUUUGGAAAGCCAGUACUCUUGCAGUGAAUGGCAGUAGGACCUUCUUUAGCUCUAA